CGCGAAGUUUGCCGGUGUUGUUGUGUAGUUGUUUGGUGGCGGGGCAGCCCAAUGGAGGCAGGUCCACGUCCAAGAAAGGUGGAGACUCCUGGCCAACUUCCUGCACAAUACUCUUCAAGCGCCGCCAGGAGACAAGAAGGACGAAUGGAUCUACGGCUCACUUGACCUUCUCUCUUGGAUUUCCCCGACCAGCAUAUUUAGCUGCUGCUAGCUGCUGGCGGAUCAAAGAUCGUUGAUUAGCGCAGGACGGGCUAAAGGCAGAAAUGGAGGUUGUGGUGGAGUUUGAAUACGAAGCGCUCCAUGAAGAUGAGCUGACCUUGCGACCUGGUGACAUCAUAAAGAAUGUCCGCUGCAUCGAGGAGGAUGGCUGGAUGGAGGGAGAUCUCAACGGUAAACAUGGACUCUUUCCUGACAACUUUGUUAAGGAAGUAAAGAAGGAGGCCAAGGAAGCAAAACAUGAACCCAAAGAAGAACCUCAGCAGCCUGUGAAGAGAGAUAAAUCUACAGGGACUGUGGCCAACUUGGUUCAGAGGAUGAGCACCAUUGGCAUCCCGACUGGUGGCUUCCAGCCACGACCAUCAGCUGCUAUGAAGAAGCCCAAGAAGAGACUGUGCAGAGCCUUGUAUGACUAUCAGCCAGUGAAUGAAGAUGAGCUGGAGCUGAAAGUGGGGGACAUUGUGGACGUCACUGAAGAGGUUGAAGAGGGCUGGUGGAGUGGAGUCCUAAACAACAAGUCAGGACUCUUCCCGUCUAACUUUGUAAAAGAAGUGGAUCCCAGCAAAGACAAUGGCGACGUGAACGAGACCACAGCAGAUGAUGCUGAUGGAGGUGGUGUAGACAGCAGCCAGUCCGCUGCAGGCAAUGGUGCUAUUCUGCAGCCCAAGAAAGUCCAACGUAUCGGUUAUGGGAAUAUUUUCAAAGAUGGCUCUUUAAAAUCAAGAAUCCGAAUACCCAACUUGGAAACAGAAGAGAAAAAGGACACCCCAAGUCCUUCAUUCCCAUCAGCCGCAAAAGCUGCCUUUACCAACAUGACAGAAGUACAGCGAGGAGAUGGAGAUAGCAAUGCCAAAGCUAAAGAGCUCUGCAAGGCCACCUUUGCUUAUGAGUCCACAAAUGAAGAUGAGCUGAGCUUUCAUGAGGACGACAUCAUCACUGUUAUAAGCAAGGACACAGGAGAGCCUGGGUGGUGGCGAGGGGAGAUCGCAGGCAGAGAAGGCGUCUUCCCUGACAACUUUGUCCUCAUGCUAUCAGACUCAGAGAAAGAGGCUCACCUUGUGAGAGGGUCACGUAAGUCCUCACUCAAGCACGACUCUGAGGAGAAACCGAAGAAGCCACUUCCACCUUCAAAAAGCAUAGCUCUCAAACCAGAGGUUCCCAGCGCCGACAAAAAGCCACAUAUCAGGCCAGAAGACAAAGAAGAGGAAGUUGUGUCUUCAUCGGCCAUGUCGCCCCAACUCCAGCAACCUGCAUUCCCCGCGGGGACAAAGCUUCCGGAGUUCUGGCAGAGCGACCCGGCAUCAUGGUUCCAGCACAUCGAGGCACUUUUCCACCUGCGAGGAAUCACUGACGACGACUCCCGGUAUUACUUGGUCGUAACAGCCCUCGACCAGGCGACCACUCGCGGCGCUAUGCAGCUGUUGCGAACGCCUCCACAGAGCGGCAAGUACGCAGCCCUCAAGAAUCUUCUGCUUCGGAGAUUUACUCUAACUGACGCUGAGAGGGCAGAUAGACUUCUUUCCCUGCCGGGUUUGGGCGAUAGCACCGCCGUGGAUUUAAUGGACUGUAUGCUGUCGCUGCUGGGCUCCGAGGAGGGCGGGUUCAUUUUCCCGCAUCUUUUCUUGAGGCAGCUACCACCUGCGGCCCGUGCGGUGCUAGCUAACUCCACUUCUCUGGCCUCCGGCGAUUACCGGGGCUUGGCUGAAGAAGCUGACCGGGUGCUUCUGGCUUCCAGACGGUUUGCCGUGCAGAGCGUAGAAGCGCCCCCCCUGCAGACGAUGGAGAACGCGGACCCAGCGGUAGUGGCGGGGGUCGCUACCCGGAAAAGGCGCGAAGUGAGCCAGUGCUUCUUCCAUCAACGUUUUGGCGCCAAAGCUCGACGGUGUGUUCCUCCAUGCUCCUUCACGGCUCCGGGAAACUCCAACGCCGGCGUUCAGAGACGUUUCCUGGUGGACUCCAGUUCGCAAGUCAGCCUGUUAUCUGCCACGGACGCGGACAAGGCGACAGGUGGUUGCGGGCCGCUGCUGAAUGCCGCCAACGGCUCGUCAAUCGACACUUUGGGCUCCAGGUUGGUGACGGUGUGCUUCCAUGGACUUGACAAGCCUCUGCCCGAUCCCAAACCAUCCAAGCCUGUGGCGCCAACCCCGCCCAAGAAGCCGGUGCCUCCACCAGGCAAAGGCAGGCAGGGAGUUCCAAGGAGGCCAGACAAAGCUCUCACUCCAUCGCCAAAUCUCAAGAACAAUAUUGUGUUAUCGCCCAUUCUCCUUUUGUCCCUGGUCAAGUCACGACCCAACAAGGAAGUGAAUGUGGAGAAGUCCUUCAAGAUGGACGAGGAUGACGGCGCCAAACUAAAGCCUGCAGAAUCCAGGAAGCCUUCCACAAGCACAUCCCCUUCAACGUCCUUCCUCAAGCCCAACUUGGAGUCCAAGUCCGGCCCAGCAGCCUUCACAUUAAAUUUGGACAACGGCGAUCCAAAAUGUCAGAUGGAAGAUCUUCGAAGUCAGAUGAAGGACUUGCUGCUGUCUGUGGAAAUCUUCAAGGCCCAACAAAUGAAAGAGAUAGCAGACCUCCGAAGAGAGGUGGAUGAGGAGAAGCUGAAGCGUGUAGCUCUGCAGAUGGAGCUUGAUAAACUAAAGAUGGCUGUCCACUCAACGUGAGUCAAGGGGAUGCCUGAAGGUCAUCUGUAUUGACAGUAGAAUGGACAAAGAGAGGGUGCAAUGGUUUUUAUAUCUACAAACAUUUGUAAGAUUAACACUUUUGCACACACAC